AAACUUUUUUUGCCUUUCUUUAUUGCUUUGAGCCUUGUUAGUGCUCAGUACGAUUCUCCUUCUUGUCCAGGUAAGCGUAACAAAAAUUUUCGUAAAAAGAAGUGACUCAAGUAAAUAGCUGACACCUUAUCCUGUCAUUGGUCUGGUACUGUGGAUGCUUGUUGUUCACCUAAAUAUGGCUUGGUUGUGUUAGCUCAACAAUGGUAUCCAGGCUAUGGUCCUGCUGACGAAUUCACACUUCACGGUUUAUGGCCCGAUACUUGUUCAGGAGGAUAUGGACCUUCUCGAGGCUGUGAUGCUAGUAGAAGAUCCAACAACAUAGGCACUAUUAUUCGCUCAAUGAACUCUACACUCUAUAACCGUAUGCUUACGUUUUGGCCCAGUAACAAAGGUGACCACAACUGGUUCUGGUCACAUGAAUGGACAAAACAUGGUACCUGUGUCAGCACCCUUCGACCUAAAUGUUACGGCUCGUCUUAUAAAAAAUACGAUGAUGUGCUUGAUUAUUUUGAGAAAACACUUGAUCUUCGUGAUCAAUUCGAUCUUUACGGUGCUCUCAACUUGAACGGCGUUACACCUGGUCGCUCUUACAAUGUUCAGACCAUUCGUGAUGCUAUUAAAAGUACGUUUGGUGCUGAACCCAAAUUAGACUGUGUCAGAGGAAGUCUGUCUGAAGUAAGCCUAAAUUUUUAUGUCAGAGGCAAAAGCAAUUAUGAGAUCACAAAUGUAUUGGAACAAGGCAAUUGUAGAGGUCUUGUUAGUUUUCCAAGGAAAUAAAAAUUAUGUAUGUGUCACUAAA